AGUAGUUAUAAUUUCGCCAGCAGGGGUCGUAGCAAGGGGGGGGGGAAGGCCACACAAGUCACACAGCUGGGUUAUGACAUGGCUGGAUUUGGAUGCCCGGCAUUGUGCGGCACAAUGAUGGGCUCCCGGAAUGUCAGCAGCAGCAGCGUGACAACUGUCACAAGCGUCGUGCAGUCGCGCCGCCGCCGUUGUGCGACGCGAUGUGCGACGACGACGACGACUUUGACGGCUAUGGAAGGAUCAGGUAAUGUGGGACAACAAGAAGAAAGAACAGCGGAAUCAAGGACUCGAAAAGCAGGAAGAGGAGAAAGAGCGGGAGGAGAAAGAGGAGGAGGAGAAAGAGGAGAAAGAGGAGGAGAAAGAGGAGAAGGAGGAGGAGGAGGAGGAGAAGGUAGCAUUUCUAGUGGAUAUGGCGGUGCUAUUUUUAGUAGUGAAAAUGCUAGUGCUAGCAGAAUGGGAGAUGGAGAAUCAGGUAUUACAAAUUCGAUAGGAGAAGGAGAAAGAGGGGGGGGGGGGAUUGGGGAAGAAGGAGAAGGAGAGGUAGAGAGAAGUAGGAGUGGGAGGAUGAGAAGCCAGAGGAGGAUGAAGAUGGGUGCUUUUCAACAUAUCCCACGUGUCUCUCCGUCUCACGAAAUACUAGGAACAGCACUUCGGCGAGCGAGAAUGGUCCGCGCCACCAAGGGUAUUAAGAAUGCGGCUCACAGAGAGCGCAACAAGGCUGCUAAGCAGCUGGAUCUGCUCACUAAAGAGUUGGCUGUCCCUUUGGGUGUUUACGUCAAGGGUUUUCCAAUCCGAGAGCAGUUGCAUGGGUUUGAACGCGCGCUUCUCGAUCUCACCCUUGGUGAUGACGUGUACCAAUCGGUGUUAUCUAGGGUGGAUAUACUGCGCAAGCGUAUUCUUGACCUGGGGAAGAACUACGCAUCAUUGUGCGCGAAAUCGACAGCAAAGAGAGAAGCAGAGACUCGACGAGACGAGGGUUUAAGCAGACUGGAAGAGCUGUUCAAGAGACACAUGUACGAGGUAGAGCGACUGAAGGAAGUGGCCAAAAGUCUACGUGGCUUGCCUGUCGUGAAGCCACGUGUCCCCACUCUCUGCCUCGUUGGCGCACCCAACGUUGGCAAAUCCUCUCUCGUCAGAGUGUUGUCCUCCGGCAAGCCCGAGGUUUGCAAUUACCCAUUUACCACAAGGGGCAUAUCGAUGGGACAUUUCUUUGUAGGUUCAAGGAGACAUCAGGUCACAGACACUCCAGGACUCUUGUGUAGACCAGAUGAGGAAAGAAACAAUAUGGAAAAACUCACUCUUGCUGCGAUUGCCUAUCUCCCGACAGCGGUCCUCUUCGUUCACGAUCUGACGGGAGAGUGCGGUAUGUCGCCAGCACAGCAGCUGUUAAUCUACAAAGAGUUGAGGGCAAGAUUCCCUGAUCGCCCUUGGAUCGACGUCAUAUCGAAGGCAGAUCUUCUCCUUCCUCCACCUUCUCCACCACCACCUCCUUUUUCACCACCACCUCCUUUUUCUCCUCCUCCUCCUUUUUCUCCUCCUCCUCCUCCUCUUGAAAUCGGCGAAGAACAAGGAAGAGGAAGAGGACUUGCUGAUGAUGGAUUAGCGCGAUUGUCCUCCUCCUCCUCCUCCUCCUCCUCCUCCUCCUCCUCCUCCGUCUCUUCCUCAUCCUCAUCUUCCUCUUCCUCCCCCUCCUCCUCCUCCUCCUCCUCCCUGUCUUCCUCUUCCUCCUCCUCCUCCUCCUUCUCCUCCUCCUUCCUGUCUUCCUUGUCCUCCUCCUCUUCCUCUUCCUCGUCCUUCCCCUCCUCCUCGCCCCCCUCCUCGGAAAUAUCGAAGGCAGAAGGAGGAAAAGGUGAUGAACGUGACGGAGAUGGAGGAGGGGUAAUAUCCUCCUCCUCCUCCUCCUCCUCCUCCUCCUCCUCUUUGACGAGGAACGGGUUGCUUUCCGCCCCCCAAGAGGUGCCUGAGCAAGAGGCAGAUCCUCUUGCUGCCGCUCAUCGUCGUCCUCCUCCUUCCCUUCCUUCUUCUUGGGCUCAUUCCGUUGGAGGAGGAGGAGGAGGAGGAGUAAGGGGAGAGAGAGGAGGUGAUUGUGCUGGAUUGUCCUCCGUUGAAGAACAGUUAAAGACAGAGACAGAUCCACCUGCUGGUCCUCUUUCCCCCGCAUCUCAUCUGAUCUCGCCCCUGGUUGUGUCUGAUGAGAGGCACUCCCAUAUGGCGGUAGGAGGAGGAGGAGGAGGAGGAGAAGGACGUGAAGAAGAAGUAGAGAAAAAAGGAGGAGGAGGAGGAGAACAAGGGUGUGCAAUUUUGUCCUCCCCCUGGCCUGUUGAAGAUGUCGAGACAUACAUCUCUCGAGGUCCCUUAGGUGCUAUUAGGGUUUCAGUCUCAACGGGGGAGGGCAUUGCCGAGCUCAAGGAGAAAGUGCAGUCCUUGCUGUCGAAAAGGAGUCUCAGGAGAAUAGAACACCUAGACAGGGAAGGUGAUGGAGUGGAGGGCGAGGGGGAGGAGGGGGAGGCGGAGGGGGAGGAGGAGGAGGGCCAUGUCUACGGAAGGCAUGAAGAUGAUUUUCAUGAUGGCGAUGAUGAUUAUGAUGAUGAUGAUAGUGAUGAUGGUGAUGGUUUGGAGGAGGAGAGAGGCAGUGGAGCUGGAGGGGGAAGAAGGGCAGAAAUGCGCGGGAAGACGGAGAAGAGAGGAGAGGAGGAGUUUCGUUACUACCCAGCCUGGCCGGGAAUCAAUUCUUGAGUGAAUAAAAAAUGAGGGGAUUU